CUAUACACUCUGCAUAAAUCUCUUCAUUAACGCGAGCAUCUUAUCUUUUCUACAUUAAACUAGGAGUUUCUUGCCGCUUGCCAAGUCAGGGGCAGGAUGGCCGAGCCGCUGGUCCUCAACUCGGUCAUUGGGUUCGGUGGGGCCAUUGAGAAUGGUCUGAUAGCACAUCCGGAUGGGCGGACAAUCAUAUAUCCGCUGGGCAGCACCAUCGUUCUGCGCGACCGCGCGGACCCACGGUCGCAGGAGUUCCUCCAAGGACACAGCGAUAAGGUUUCAUGCCUAGCGCUAUCUCGGUCGGGCAGGUACCUGGCGUCAGGGCAAAUCACGUACAUGGGCUUCACCGCCGAUAUCAUCAUCUGGGACCUGGAGUCAAAGCAGCUUAUUCAUCGCAUGGCGCUGCACAAGGUCAAGGUCCAGGCGCUGGACUUCUCCUGCGAUGAGCGCUUCCUGGCGUCACUAGGCGGCCAGGACGACAACGCCCUGGUGCUGUGGGACGUGGCCAGCGGCAACGCCAUCUGCGGCUCGCCCUGCAACACCAACUUCACCAACUGCGUGAAGUUUUUCAACAACUCGCCCGACAAGCUGAUUACGGCCGGCAACUUUAACAUGAACGUGUGGACCUACGACGCCGGCAACAACAAGCUGCGGCCCACAGACGCGACGCUGGGCACGCUGAAGCGCGUGUUUAAAAGCGUGGUGGUGGACGCCAACGACGAGUACGCUUACUGCGGUACCACCACUGGUGACGUGCUGCAGAUCGCGCUGGAGCGGGUGCUGUUCAAGAACACGGGGCCGGCCAAGGGCAACGUGCAGAUGGGCGUGACGGCAACGUGCGAGGUGCCCACCGGCGACAUCCUGGUGGGCGGCGGCGACGGCUCGCUGCAGGUGCUGCGCACCGUGCCGGAGCCGUCCUCCACCAACCCCAAGCUGCUGCGCAAGAUGCCGGCGCUGGCGGGCACCAAGGUAGAGGGAGCCAUCACCUCCAUCGCACUGGCGGACAUGAACGCGCGCGGUUUCACCUUCUUCGUGGGCACCGCCAUGUGCAACAUUUACAAGGUGACGUACGAGCCCGCCACCAGUCGCCUGAAGGAGGAGCUGGUGCAGACGGCGCACAACGACAAGAUCAACGGCAUGGCCUUCCCCAACGAGUACAGCGAGGUGUUCGCCACCUGCGGCACCGGCUUCAUUCGCCUGUGGCACCUCACCACCUGCCGCGAGCUGCUGCGCAUCGCGGUGCCCAACCUCGAGUGCUUCUGCAUCGCCUUCACCACAGACGGCUCCGCCAUACUGUCUGGCUGGUCGGACGGCAAAAUCCGCGCGUUCGGACCGCAGAGCGGCAAGAUCAUUUUCACCAUCAACGACGCGCACCAAAAGGCCGUGACCGCCAUCGCCUCGACCGCCGACUCGUCCCGCAUCCUCAGCGGCGGCGAGGAGGGCAUGGUGCGCGUGUGGCGCAUCGGCCGCACCUCGCAGACGCUGGAGGCGAGCAUGAAGGACCACAAGGGCCCUGUCAACUGCAUCCGCAUCAAGGGCUCCGGCGACGAGUGCGUGUCCGCCUCCUCCGACGGCUCCUGCAUCCUGUGGGACCUGCACACCUUCAAGCGUCGCACCAGCCUGUUCGCCAACACGUUCUUCAAGUCGGUGGUCUACCACCCCGACGAGUCGCAGCUGGUCACGGCGGGGACAGACCGCAAGGUCACCUACUGGGACGCCUACGACGGCAACGCCAUCCGCAUCAUCGACGGCUCCGACCUGGACGAGGUGAACGCGCUGGCGGUGGACCGCGACGGCGAGGCGCUGGUGAGCGGCGGCGGCGACAAGCUGGUCAAGCUGUGGGGCUACGACGAGGGCCACUGCUAUUUUGUGGGCGUGGCGCACAGCGGCGCCAUCACGGCGGUGGGCGUGACGCCCGACAAGCAGCGCAUCGUAAGCGUGGGAACGGAGGGCGGCAUCUUCAUCUGGGACUACCAGCGCCCGCAGACGUUGGCUGACAUUUGAGGAGGAGCAGAGCGGCUGGAGCAGGGGAAGCAUUGGGAGCGGUAUUGAUCCGGGAUGAGGGGCGGGCGCGCAGCCCAUGCGAAGUGGCGUGGUGCCGGAAGAAAAUAGGUAGACGUGCGAAGCCGGUGCAAGGGUUUUGACAGCUGGGCGCGAGCUGUGGGCGGCUGUGUGGCGGGGUAGGGCCCGGCCCACCCGGCCAUGACGAUACGUGUUGCGCCGCCGGGGCUGCGAAGCCCCUGCGCAUGCGAAGGUACAGAGGCGGAACACUGCAUUACCAAGACUGGACAAUCAAUCAUUGGGGAAGCUUAGAUCAAGGGGUCGGAAUUGCACGAUGGUUUAGUGGGUUAGCGGGUAGAUACAUGACCGCGGCACAGGGACCACGGCACAGGGACUGUGUGCUUUGCUGAUCUAUAAGCGAAGGUGCGUACGGAGUUCUGGGGUAAUCGCGACGGCGUAUGACAAGGAUGGUACAUACUAAGCGAUUCAAGGUGCACAACGCGGUCGUAAGGCGCCUUGCUGAUAAAUGUAACUCUGCAGUUUC